AUGGUGUCCAGCUCAGCUCACCUCAUCUUCUUUUGCUUCUUCAUCCUCUUCUCCGCCACUGCCACCACCGCUACCGACCACAUUGUUGGUGCUAACAAAGGCUGGAACCCUGGUAUCAAUUACACUCUCUGGGCCAACAACCAAACCUUCUAUGUCGGUGACCUUAUCUCUUUUAGGUACCUAAAGACACAGUACAGCGUCUUUCAAGUGAACGAGACUGGUUAUGACAACUGUACAACAGAAGGAGCACUAGGCAACUGGACUAGUGGCAAAGAUUUCAUACCUCUUGACAAGGCCAAGAGGUACUACUUCAUUGGUGGCAAUGGACAGUGUUUCAAUGGCAUGAAGGUUACUAUUCUUGUUCACCCUUUGCCAUCACCACCAGCACCUGCUAGCAUGGCUGCUAACUCGACAUCCUCAAAUUCUGCAGCUCCAGUGGUUUUCCAUAAGGGGUUGGUGGGCUUGAGAGCUUUGGUUUUGGCAUUUGCUUCAAUUUGGUUUGGAUCUGGUUGGAUCUAG